AUGAGGCGCUUGACCAGAAUUCGAAAGAGAAGUGGUGAAAUACUAGGACGAAAUUGGAGUUUUAGUAAACGGGCUAAGGGAGUAACUAUGUCAGGGCUGCGCUUGCUGUUCGGAAAGGCUCAGGGCUCCAGCAAUCCGGCCAUGUUGAUCAUCGGGGCUGAGGACGAGGAGUUUGAGAAUGACAUCGAUCCGACAGCAGAUGAUUACUGCAGCUACUUCCAGUGCAUUGACCUGCUGAAGGAUCGGCCAACCUACCUGAUCAUCUUUCUUCAUCAUGUCAUCCUACAGUUCGACGCCUCGCAUGUGCUGUGUUAUCUCCACGGGGAGAUGUUUAAAGGGGCCAAUGUGAAAGACUGCCGCAGGAUGUUUGUGGAUUAUUUUCACCUCUUUCUGGAUAGAGGAGCGGUUCUCAAGGUACCAGUGCCACACGACAUCUCUUUUGAGCUGGACCGAUGCCGCCCUGAUCUGCUUUGCGAGGAAGGUGUGAAAAAAAUUGUUAAAGAUAUGCAGAAAGUCACUUCUGCGGAGAUAUUCAGCCAGCUGGAAGAUUUCAGGAACAAGCGGAUGAUGGGAAUGACCAUCGGAGAAAGGGAAUUGUCUGAACUGGACAGCGAACGCCAGAUAGACCCAGCGGCCUGCGAAAUGAAGGAGAGGGUGUUGGCGGAACAGCUGUUACCCAAGGUUGAGGAGGCCACUUCCAAUGCAGACGACGAGAAAAGCACGUCUGUUUACAAUGCCGUCGUGACUUAUAUGAAGUUCCUGGGCGUGAGGACCAAGGAGCCACGGAUACUUGAGAAGAAGCGACACUUCCUGAUACGCAGGAAGGGUCCCACACCAAGAAAGAGCGAGCCGGUUCGGCCAGAUGAGAAGAGGAAGAAGUUUGGGAUUUUGGAUUUACGGCGCCCUGCUCGAAACGAGCCCAGUAGCACCAGUGCUGAUGCGAGACCUGAAGGAGUGAAAGUGUCCGUUGAUCGGAAGAACUCUAGCCAAACCGCUAAAUCCCAGUUUGAAGCCCUCACUGGCAGGUACAAAGCUAGUGCAGCAUUUCCUGAGGGGUCCGAGCCUGCCCCAGCUUCAGCCGCAAGUCAGUCUGUCUCGAGGGAAGACUCCGAGUGUGACACCAGUCAUCCCUCGAGUAGCAGCCGACCUGGAAAUGAGAACCAGUCCUUUCCUGACUGCGGAGAUGCUGGGCUCCCGGUGGGAUUGUCGGGCGAGCAGUUGCCGGGAGGAGAGCAUGGUCACGAGGAGGGAGCAGAGGGUGAGAGAUUGCCGGCAAAGCUGCGUCGCUCGGAGAGCCUGCGUACGUACGGCGAGCGCCGACGCUCUCACAAGGGAUCGGCCAAGGACAAGCAGCUGCGCUCCAGGAGCGAUGUCGACAUCCAGGCAGCUGCUACCGCCAGCGACCUGCAGCGCCGGAAUGCGGAGCCCGGAGGGAGUGGAGGAACGGACGGCCAGCAAUCCUUUCUGCCUGCCCAGUCUGAGGAUAAUGGGCCGCGCGUUUCGGAGCUUGAGGCUGACCCGCCGAGCUGGCGCCAACUCGUCGACUCCGAAACCGUCCACAGGCUGAAGAAGAGUGAGGUCAAGCGGCAGGAAGUCAUUAAUGAGCUCUUCAUUACAGAGCACGCUCACGUACGAAUGCUGAAAGUGCUGUAUGAGAUUUUCUACCAGCGCAUGCUGGCCGAGUCCAUCCUCAGCGACACUGAGCUCCAGAACAUCUUCCCCAGCCUCGAUGAGCUCAUUGAGGUGCAUGCACUCUUCUAUGAGACCAUGAAGAAGAUUCGAGAAGAAGGAGGCUAUGUUGUGACAGAGAUCGGAAGCACUUUACUGGCUCGGUUUAAUGGCACUGAGGGGGACUGGUUCAAGAAACUGGCCUCUCGAUUCUGCAGUCGGCAGUCAUACGCACUCGAGCAGAUUAAAUCCCGGCACAGGAAGGACGCACGGUUCAGUCAGUUCAUACAGGAUGCAGAGAGCAAUCCUCAGUGCCGACGUCUGCAGCUCAAGGAUAUUAUUCCCAUUGAAAUGCAACGCUUGACCAAGUAUCCACUGCUGCUGGAGAACAUUGCCAAGUACACAGAUCAACCAGCCGAGAAGCAGAUGGUGCAGCAGGCUGCUGACUGCUGUCGGAAUAUCUUGAAGGAUGUCAACCAGGAGGUGCGGGAGACGGAGAAUCUCCGGCGACUGCAUGAUUACCAGCGACGCCUCGAUGUGUCGAAUCUCCGGCAGAGCACAGACCAGUUUGUGGCCGAUUUCAAGAACAUCGAUCUGACCCAACGCCGCAUGGUACACGAGGGACCUCUGAUCUGGAAGGUGACCAAGGAGAAAGCAGUUGAUGUCCACGUGCUCUUGCUGGACGACAUCCUGGUCCUGAUGCAGAAAGUCGAUGACAAGAUGGUGCUGAAAUGCCACAGCAAGAACGCAGUCGGGGGCCCAGACGGGAAGCAGAUGCUGUGCCCCAUCAUCAAACUUGGCAGCCUGCUGGCUCGGGAUGUUGCCACAGACCGCAAAGCAUUCUUCGUCCUUUUCCAGACCAACACAGGCGCACACAUUUACGAGCUAGUGGCACAGACGGUCUCCGAGAGGAGGAACUGGUGCGAGUGGAUUCUGAGCACCCAGGAAGCCCUCAAUCAACAGAAACCCUCCGCUGCUCCUCGGAACAGCCUGGUGCCACCCUCGGUCAACCUACCCCUCAGCCCUACCAUGUCAUACAGAGAGCCCAUGCUCAGCUCCGACAGCGGCUUCCCGACUCGCGACAGACUCAACUCCGAGUUCAGUGCCAAGGACAGUGAUGGUAUAUCGCAGGACAGUGGAACCGGUGAGAUAGGUACGGAUGAACGCCCUGGCUUAGAGAUGCAGAGUGUGGGUCAGGCGCUGAAUGACUUCCUCAAAGCCAGUGAUGUGGAUCUGGCAAAACUGGCUUUGGGACCAUCGGAGCACAUCGCAGACGAAGCAUUGGAGGAUGUCCACGCGAUGAAGCGGGAGCUCAAGACGAGCAAGAGGGCCGCCAAGGAGCCUUCGGCGCUGACCGCCACCGAACGGGAGCCUGACGCUGGCGAGGGCGAUGCCCAAGCCAAUGGUGGUGGCGGUAGCGAGGAGGAGGAGGAGGAGGACGAGGAGGAGGACGAGCAGGAGCAGGAAGAGGAGGCAGUUGCGGCAGUGGAUGGGCAGCAGGAAGCCGAGACCCAGGGCGAGGGGAGAGGAGAAGGCGAAGGCACAGAGGAGCCGCCCGAGAGACAGGGGGACGAGGAGUUUCAGCUGAAAGGGGCAGCAGAGGAUUUGCACGGUAAACAAUCUCUUCCCGAGGGUGCUGCCCGGUCCACGGCCAACGACGGAGACUCAGAAACCAGCAGAACCCCCGUCAUCCUGUCCCUGGAACAGGCCGAGGAGAUGGAGCGGAAAAUGAACAGCCUCCUGGUCAAGAUUCAGCAUCUGAAGACAAUGGAAGAGGACUAUCACAGACUGCGGCAGGCCUUGCUGAAGCUGACGGCAGGACCGCGCCAUAUGCCAGGGUGCCACAGGCAGCCGUUGGGUGAGUGCGGGGACGAUUCCAGACCACAGGGUGGCAUGUGCAAACGCCCAGGGGGUACAGAGAAAGAAAUCACAGGCCAUAACAAAAUGCCCUGGACGGUGCGGGAUUCCUGGAGACGCUGCUGCUGUCUUUGCUCAGAAGCUCCUGUCCAUAACUCUGGUUCCUUUUGA